GAGCUACUCACACGAUGCGGAGCUAUGGAGAUGAGCUGCUACCAGCGAGUAGCGGUCGGCCCUUGCGCCGUGCACGGAUGAAUUGUGCCGCUAUGCAUUCGAGCCCCCCAUACAGGCCGCAUUUUGCUCAUCCUUCGCGCUCCACGACAACUCACGUUCUCGCUGCCUGACUUCUUCGCUGAAUUCACGCAUUGCCUGUCUACAAUCGGGUCAUUGAGUCUCCCUACACGAUAAUUGCCCAGCUGUCACGAGGCGCGCUAACCCACUUCUCCACACGAGCGACUUCCCAGAGUUUCAGCAGCCAUGGUGUCGCCCAAGAGCAUUGCCUAUUAUGUCUUCCACCCGAAUGAGUUGCGCUCGAUCAUCCAGUGGAAAGUCUGGCAUAACCCCGUUCACGAACGCGACGAAGCGAAGGACUCCGAGAACCUCAAGCGAUGCUUCCACUUUCUCAACCUGACGAGCCGCAGUUUCGCGGCCGUCAUCAUGGAGCUGCAUCCCGAGCUGCUUGUCCCCGUCACACUAUUUUACCUCAUCCUGCGUGGACUCGACACAGUAGAGGACGACAUGACCAUCCCCCUCGAGAAGAAAGAGCCCAUUCUGCGAAACUUCCAAGAUAUCUUGGAGAAGGAUGGGUGGACCUUCACUGAGAACGGUCCAAACGAGAAGGACAGGCAGCUGUUGGUUGAGUUCAAUGUGGUCAUUGAGGAGUUCAAGCACAUCAAGCCGGCGUACAGAGAGAUCAUCAAGGACAUCACCAAGCGCAUGGGCAACGGCAUGGCUGACUACGCCAACAACGCGGAGCACAACCUUGUCGGCGUCGACACUAUUCGCGACUACGAGCUGUACUGCCAUUACGUCGCAGGUCUUGUUGGUGAAGGGUUGACACGCCUUUUCGUAGAGGCUGGCCUUGCCAACACUGCGCUGCUGAAGAAGCCGGAGCUCAUGGAGUCUAUGGGACAAUUUCUCCAGCAGGUCAACAUCACUCGUGACAUCAAGGAGGACUUGGACGACAAGCGACGAUUCUGGCCCAAGGAGAUCUGGUCCAAGCACGUCGACACUUUCGAAGACCUUUUUAAGCCCGAGAACAAGCAGAAGGCCCUGGACUGCAGUUCAGAGAUGAUCUACACAGCUCUGACACGCGCAGAUGAUUGUUUGUACUACCUUGCAGGUCUUAGGGAGCAGAGUGUGUUUAACUUCUGCGCCAUCCCUCAGACUAUGGCCAUUGCGACACUGAACGCCUGCUUCCAGAACUACGACAUUUUCGAGAAGAACGUGAAGAUCACCAAGGGCGAGGCCUGCCAGUUGAUGGUCGAGUCGUCGCAAAACCUCCAGCUGGUCUGCGAAGUCUUCAAGCGGUAUGCUCGCAAGAUUGCGAAGAAGAACAACCCGCACGACCCCAACUUCCUGAAGAUCAGCAUCACCAUUGGAAGGAUAGAACAGUUCACCGAGUCCAUCUUCCCGUCCCAGAAACCGCCUGUUGACCAGAAGUCGCCUGCCAGCGUCGAGGAGGCUGAGAAGGCGAAGAAACAGGCGUACGAGGACAGGUGGGACCUGAUCUACAUGACUGCGGCAGUCAUCCUUACAGUGCUUAUCAUCACAGGCUGCAUGAUCUUCGUUGCCUACCUGGCUGGUGCUCGAUUCGAUAUUGCAUACUACGAGCUCAAGCAACAAGUGGGAGAGUUGUUGGGAUGGAUAGAGCCGAAGGCCAAGGCAGUUGAAGCGGUAAAGGUUGUGACGGAGAAGAGCGAGCUCUAAGCUGCCGGAAAAUAGUAAUCUUCAUGCCCAUAUGUGUUAUAAUGGCAGCGACAUACCUUUUUCGUAGACGCAGGAAUAUAGUCGAACCU